AUGGAUAGUUGGAGCCGAGGAGUCGCGUUCCAAUCAAUUAAUGGACGCGUUGCCCAGCGCGUCACCCCGGCGGCCGCGUUUCGGAUUGGCAGGCGCACGGUCAACCUUAAUCGCACCCCAGCAAACAACGGCCGUGUGCAGUCCAGUCUAGGUCCAGUCAACAAUCCCCACAGCCAGAUCCGCGAGAUUCGAUUCUCUCCACACCACUCGUCUGCAAUCUUCAUUCGGCCGCUUCCCAUAUUUUCCUGGUGCGGACAUGGGCGCGAAAACAAAUCGACAGCACAUGCACACUCUACAACGAUGAUUGUGAGGGAAAGCCCCAAGGCUAGAGCGAAAAACCCUCCACCAAAUUGGCCGCCAAAAUCCCCCCAUGAAGCCCUUCUGAGCUCGCCCUCGGGUCGCCGCAAGUACGAACAGCGUCGACAGCGUAGUCCCGGCUCCCCAUCCCCUGUUAAGCGCCGCCCACUAUCCCGAGCCCAGUUUGACGAUGAACAUGACGAAGAUGAUGGCGAUGAAGAAGAUGACGAGGAAACAUUGCAGUUAAAACUCGAGGCUAUCCAGGCCAAGUUGAAGCUGAAGAAAUUGCAGCAGAAGUCGCGAAGGACAGCCGAAGGCGACAACGACAAUGCCGGUGUCUCGUCGCGACCCGGCACAUCAGCAAGCUCGAGAAGACCAGAUUUAAAAAGAUCGCAAUCGGAUGUACAGGUCCCUGUUUCACCUGUGAGACGCAGUCGUCCGCAGGAGGAGCAGAAAAGUCCUGCAAGAGUGUUGCUGGGUAUAGACAAAGGGCUGAGGGCGCAAGAUGUCAGCCUUAAGCGGCCUAGCAGCUUUACCGCUCGACUCAAAGCUGCCGGAGUGUCACGAUCCAACUCGACACGAGAGGCAGAAACCCCACGGGGCAAGACUUUUGGCGAACGUAUAGCAGAUAGCAGGGGCAAGGAGAAGGAGCGGGAUGAAAAGCAGGCACGAAUCGUAAAGAGUAGGAGUCGUGGAUUUGGUUUGCAUAACAUUCAGGACUUGAAGGACAGGCCGGCAUCUCGGGCAGCAUCUGCAUUAAGCACUGAAACAAGAAGCUUGCAGGAUACAGCGUCUUCAUCCCUGGCAAAUCCUGAUAGAACACGAUCUCGCUCAAUCACGGAGCUCCGCAGUGCUGCACUAUCACGACCUGGUUCAAAUCUUUCCCAGCGGACAGAUACCUCACGGACAUCGUCGACCACUUCUAGGCCAUCAUCAGCUUUUGGCGUGACGAAAACGGCUGCCAAAUAUGCUGAAAUUGCCGACCGCGACGACAGCGCCGAUGCCCCCAGUUUCGAAUCCUUCUCUGGUCUGCACCUUAAAUCUCGUGAGAUGCAGCACAAUGUGGUCGCGCGAACGCUGGAAGGCAAAACUGUUGUGACGAUACAACAGUUGCUCAAGACCGUCAAAGCGCCAGACUUUGAACCACCGGACAUGGAAAACGACUUUGUUGUCAUGGGAGUGAUCGCCUCGAAGUCGGCACCCAUGACACCGAAGAAUGUUGUCCAAGACCGAUCAACCAAUAACCAGGACACGGAUGCGCACAAGACGAACAAGUUCAUGGUCAUCAAAUUGGUGGAUUUGAAAUGGGAGCUCGAUCUUUUCCUUUUCGACACUGGGUUCUCCCAAUUCUGGAAGCUUACAGUAGGAACGUUAAUCGCUGUGCUCAAUCCGGAAAUUAUGCCCCCUCGGGUGCGCGAUACUGGAAAAUUUUCUCUCAAACUCACGAGUUCUGACGAUACCGUGUUAGAGAUUGGCAUUGCUCGGGAUCUGGAUUUCUGUCACGCUAUGCGAAAGGACGGCAGAGAGUGUGGAUCAUGGAUUGAUGGGCGCAAGACCGAGUUCUGCGAUUUCCACAUUGAGCUACAGGUGGAAAAGAGCAAGCGAGGGCGUAUGGAAAUCAACACAAUGGCCGGUUUUGGAAAGGGUAUUGGUGGCACAGGAAAAGGCGGCAUGUUCGGCCCUGGGAAAGGUGGUCCCAAGGGCGACCAGCUAAGAAGAGAAGGCAAAUAUCACGACCCUGUACUCCAUGAAACCAUGUACAUCGCGCCAGUGGCUGGAGGGGCCGCGCGAUUGAUCGACCAAGACGAACAUACCUGGAAUCCCACUCAAAGAGGAGAGCGACAUCGAAAACAGCUGGCCGAUAAAGAGAAGGAGAGAGAGCUUGCCAAAAAACUGGGGGAAAUGGGCAGUGGCGCUGGGAGUGACUAUAUGAGGCAUAAAGGAGCUGCUGUAUCCCAAAAUCUGGCAAUGGAAACAGCAAACGAUCUCGACAAACCAAAAGCAACAAGCGACGACUUUCUGGGUCUUCUCGACAGGAAAGCAGGGGAUGUUUCGCUGGCUCCAUCGAAACGCAAGCGCAAUCUAUCUGGUAAAUCGGUGGCAUCGAGCGAGCCGGUCGGUUGGGGAGGUGCGUUCAAGCGUGGUCUUCUGCCAUCUCCCACGAAGAAGAUCGAGAGCAUACUAUCUCGUGACACCCGAGAAGCCAGUCCUGCGAAGAAGAGGGCGCGCCUUCUGCUACCUGAGAAGGGCAUCCGAGAGCCUGGAAGAGACAGCUUGGGAACAUUUGAUGUGGGGCUGAUUGCUGCCAUGGACGAGGACGACGAUGAUGAUUUGGAGGUAGUUUGAUUCUCUAUGAUAUCCACUAUUCAAUCUGUCUUUUCUUUUGAGUAAACCGGGGUGGAAAUGGAGUUGGACUGGGGAGAGUUUUGGGAUGGGUCCCCAGACCGACGCCAUUGGUGGACUAAGCGAGUCCAGCAUUUGUAUUUCACUUUUCAGGGUUACAUGCCCUCUACGUUUCGACGACAACCGUUUCUUAGUGUACAAUUCAAAGGGAGAGACAUUCAGUGG